AUGUUAUUGUCCUACAGCCAUAAGCAUUUACAUUCUUACAUAUCUGAGCAAAAUCCUUUUACUUACUCAGGCCUGCUAAUUAUUUUAAGUAGGCUAUUUUUAUUUUUCCCAGCAAUUGAUGAGUACAAGCCCCUAGAUGCCACUACAAACCCAUCUCUGAUACUAGCUGCUGCUCAGAUGCCAGCUUACCAGGAACUUGUGGAUGAUGCAGUUGAGUAUGGAAAAAAACUUGGAGGGUCAGAAGAUGAGCAGAUCAAAAAUGCUUGUGACAAGCUUUUUGUAUUAUUUGGAGCUGAAAUAUUGAAGAGGAUACCUGGUCGUGUGUCGACAGAAGUAGAUGCAAGGUUGUCCUUUGAUAAGGAAGGAAUGAUUCAGAGGGCCAGGCGCCUCAUUGACCUUUAUAAGGAAGCAGGAAUUGGUAAAGAUCGUAUUCUCAUAAAGCUCUCUUCAACAUGGGAAGGGAUCCAGGCUGGCAAGGUUCUGGAAGAGGAGUAUGGGAUUCACUGCAACAUGACCUUGCUGUUCUCCUUUGCUCAGGCAGUUGCCUGUGCUGAAGCUGGAGUUACUCUGAUUUCCCCAUUUGUAGGACGUAUCCUGGACUGGUACGUUGCAAAUGGGGAUAAGAAAACCUAUGAGCCUUCAGAGGAUCCAGGUGUGAAGAGUGUCACUAAGAUCUAUAAUUACUACAAAAAGUUUGGCUACAAAACUAUUGUGAUGGGUGCUUCAUUCCGAAAUACAGGAGAAAUAAAAGCACUUGCAGGCUGUGACUAUCUCACCAUUUCACCCAAGCUUUUGGCAGAGCUCAGCAAAGAAUACGUCAAGUUAACUCCUACACUCAGUGUUAAAGAUGCUCAGGCAUGUGAUCUUGAAAAGAUCCACCUGGAUGAGAAAGCAUUCCGCUGGCACCACAAUGAAGACCAAAUGGCUGUGGAGAAGCUGUCAGAUGGGAUCAGAAAAUUUGCUGCUGAUGCAAUAAAACUGGAGAGAAUGUUAAAGGAGCGAAUGUUCAGUGCUGAAAAUGGAAAGUAGAAAAAUCAUCACUUUCCUGGCUGGUCAAGGCUGAAUGAGAGGAUCAUUUGAAAUUAAAUGAUGUACAAAUGUAUUACCUGUAAAAGUCUUAUGCUAUAUAUGGAUAGAUUUCUGUAUUAUGCUUUUUUAAUCAAUUUGCAAAGGGACAAAUGGAAAUUCCAUUUUUGUGGCACUUUUGUCAAUACAUUCAAAUUAACACAUA